AUGGGAUACCUAAGAAAGAUAUGCGUUGGAGCAGCUGCAGUUGUCAGCUCAGCAUUGCUUGGGUAUUUCUUAUACAAGAAUUAUUUUCAAUCGAAAGAGGUAUGACCAUUGAAAAAUUGUCAAACCACAUUCGAAAAUCUGGCAAUCAUAUAGUAACGAUAUUUUUUUUAACAGGACAUCGAUGAAGGAGAAGAUGAUUCAUUUAAAACUGAAUCAAAUUCAGCAGAAAUUAAUGAAACUCAGAGCAUGAUUUCAGCUGAAGAUGUUAACGAAGCUGAAAACGGGAAUUCAACUAAAGUCGUUAACGAAGCUGGAGCCAGCAACACCAGUCAGUGUUCAACCCAGCAUCAAUCCAAAAAUAAGGGCAAAAAACCACCGAGCAAGUCUACAACAGGCUAUAUGGGCCUUCGCAAGGGUUUCCUGCUGAAAUAG